GAUUCUAAAGAAGAAGAAGAAGAGGAACUAUGACAGACGUGUAGUUAACACAAGCAGUUUACGGACAAUGGCAACAAUAACGCAAGAAUGAAACAUUUUAUGGACAACCUGCGAGACUCAUGGACUCACUCUUCUUUAGCAUCGUGAAAAAGGGGGAUAUAUUCUGCUUUCUUGUAACGAUAUGACAUGUUUUUACCUACGUGAAGACAACGGAAGCUCGUUCAUCGAUCGCCUGAAGGGGAAACGUCAGAUUAGCUAAACGUGAAACCUAGACACCAAAAAUGCCUGCAAACAUGUCACCUGUACCUGUCCUACCACUGGUGAUCAACUGCUUCAUGUCUGCAUUAGGCUGCAUGGCCACAUUAAAACUCAUUCCUGCUUUUAAAGACCACUUCAUCUCAGCCAGACUGUACGGAGUGGACCUCAACAAAACAACCAAAAAGGAAGUUCCGGAGUCCCAGGGAGUCAUCAGUGGGACGGUCUUCCUCAUCAUCCUCUUCUGCUUCAUCCCAGUGCCUUUCCUCAGCUGCUUCGUUGGAGAUCAGUGCACAGGAUUCCCUCACAAUGAGUUUGUGCAGCUGAUCGGAGCACUUCUGGCCAUCUGCUGCAUGAUCUUCCUGGGCUUUGCUGACGAUGUCCUGAACCUGCAGUGGAGACACAAGCUCCUUCUUCCCACCAUGGCGUCCCUGCCCCUGCUCAUGGUCUAUUUUACUAACUUCGGAAACACGGUCAUUGUAGUUCCCAAGCCCUUCAGAGUCCUGCUCGGACUUCACUUGGAUCUGGGUAUUCUCUACUACGUUUAUAUGGGAAUGCUCGCAGUAUUCUGCACAAAUGCCAUAAACAUCCUUGCAGGCAUCAAUGGCAUCGAAUCGGGUCAAGCGCUGUUCAUCUCCGGCUCCAUCAUCAUCUUCAACCUUGUUGAGCUCGGCGGAGAUUUCCGUGACGACCAUGUGUUCUCACUCUACUUCAUGAUACCUUUCUUCUUCACUACAUUAGCGCUUUUUUACCACAACUGGUACCCCGCGUCUGUGUUUGUGGGAGACACUUUCUGCUACUUUGCCGGGAUGACGUUCGCUGUAGUCGGCAUCUUGGGUCACUUCAGUAAAACAAUGCUACUGUUCUUCAUUCCCCAAGUGAUUAACUUUGUCUACUCAUUGCCUCAGCUUUUUCACGUCGUUCCCUGCCCGAGACAUCGGCUCCCCAGGCUGAAUCCAGAGACGGGCAAGCUGUGGAUGAGCUACUCUAAAUUCAAAAGGAAGGACCUUUCUAAAUUAGGACACCUCGUUCUGCAGGUGGCAGAGUUAUUGAAGCUGCUGGAGGUGCGGCGCGCCCAGGAGGGAGACGAUGAGUUUAUUGAAUGCAACAACAUGACUUUAAUAAAUCUGGUUCUGAAAUUACUCGGCCCCACUCAUGAGAGAAACCUCACAGCCAUCAUGCUUAUCAUCCAGGUGAUGGGCAGUGUGGCGGCUUUCGGGAUCCGUUAUCAUCUGGUGCGUCUCUUCUACGACGUGUAGACAAGAGGAGAGAACCCUGACUGAGAAACUAUGAUUUUCUUUGUUAUGAAGGCUUAUGUUUCAUCUGCCUUUUUAAUAGAUUUCAUUACCUCACUGGUACUUUUCUGCCUCAGACUCGACCUGCAGUAAAGACUCAGAGCGAGGUUUAAAGCUAUAUUUCAGUAUAACAACCUUUUCACAUAUAAGCAUGAAAAACUAAGGAUCAAGCUGCAGCUGCAGAGAUGUUUGCUAUUCUCCCGGUUUUAGUAACAACAAAUCAAAGAGGAAAUUAAGACUGGGCCUUUAAUGCGCUCCCCCUGAAAGUAUAUUUUCAUACUGGUUUUUUACAGGAAAGUCCAGCAAGUUGAGGAGCCAGAAUCCAAAGUGUACUGCUACUUAAUUGUUACCAUUUGAUAACUGGUUUAUGGAUGGGGAAGUUAUCCAAAAAAAACAUACAGAUAUUCCCAUAGGGAGCUAUUGCUUGGAUCUGCUGUUGAAAUUAAAAUGGCUUAAAGAAAAUGUUCCCACUGACACUGUAAUUUUCAUAGCAACCAGUACAUGCAGCAUGGGUGGGAAAGUUAGUGUCAUCUUUGUUGUACUUUUUUUUUUUUUCAAAUGUUUUAGCUCUUAUUUUUUUUUACCUCUGAACAAAUGCACACAAUGGUGAUUGUGAAGAAAAACACUAAGAGGUUAUUAUCAGCCUGAAGACGAUCAUAAGGAGUUAGUCGGGGACAGAAAAAUAGAGAAGAUAUGAGCAAAGAUAAAGUGAGAUUAUUAGUCCCGUGGUGGUUUUAAAAGUUACUUAAGUUCUUUUAUUAAAUGAAGUCUGUCCCGGCCACAAGACUGAGAACUGAUUGUUGACACCAUUCUUGGUAGCUUUGGGUACAUAUCUAUAUUUUCAUGCCUGAUAUGCUAUCUCCUCCUCAAAACAAAUCUAUGUGAAGUUAACUGGCACUGGACUACUUUGUAAAGGAAUGUGAAGACGAGUGAGAAGCUUUACUGUUGAGAAUUGAGAAAUAAAAGAUGAGAAAUUGUAAUAUAAA